GAAUCAUUGUUUUUACUCAUAAGAAUGCCCUUUUACCAGUCCGGUGUUGGAAACAUUCCCUUUGAUAUUGAGAGAUUCCGGCGCCAAGUCAGGCUUAAAAAACCAGAAACUGCUGAUAGAUUUAAAGCAUUAGUGAAGCAUCGGCUAUCUGUUACUGCUUUAGCUCUCUCUGAUGAUGACUUGAAAGGCUUUUCAGCAUCCAAAGAUGGUACUGUUUUACAGUGGGAUGUAGAAAGUGGGAAAACUGAAAAAUUCCAAUGGCCUAGUGAAAAUAUUCUUAAAAAUCACGGGUGGAAGGACCUGCGAGGUCGACUUAAAAAGCAUAGUAAAAGUGUUUUAGCAUUGGCUGUUUGUUCUGAUGGCCGGUAUUUGGCAAGUGGUGGCUUAGACCGCCAUGUUCAUUUGUGGGACAUUCGUACAAGGGGGCAUUUACAAGCAUUUCUUUGGUCUCCUCGUAGUCUAUUUGACAACUUAACCUAUUCUAAAUUUUCAAUUUCACGAAUAAUAAAGUAUAUACAGUUUUUCUCAAUUUGGCAUUUAAUUUGUGCUCAACAGGCAUUUCCGGGUCAUCAAACAUAUUUGUCAUGUUUAAGUUUUAGGCAAGGGACCACAGAUCUUUUUUCUGGAUCAUUUGAUUGGACAGUCAAGUAUUGGAACAUGGAGGACAGAGCUUACAUUGACACAAUAUGUGGUCAUAAAAGUGAAGUAUUGACACUUGAUUGCCUAAGAAAAGAAUGA